AUGCUGCCUAGUUUGGAGAUCAACGAGCAUCAGCCGCGAAAAUUCUCUUUCAUUAUAACUGCGACAAUGUUUCAUGGAGGAGGAAAGAAUCAGUAAGGGUGAACAGCCCAUAAUAAAAGGCUACGAGUCUCCUAGUGUCGAUGAGAGUCUUAAAUAUCAGCUGUUGGGGCCUUCCUUGAUAAAGGCGGGCCAGGACUCGGUUGACCAGAGAAAGGUCUCUGAAAUCAUUUAUAAUGCCUCUAAAGGCUCCAAGUUUUUCAACCAUGAGCAAAUCCGCGAUAAUGUCCUCACAGAGAAGAUACAGCGGAUUCUGAAGGAAAAGACGCGCCUUGAGAGUCUGAACCUCUCUGUCGACUUACGCUUAGCGGACCAGGUCUUUGCUGAGAUAGAGUCCACCAGAGACCUCUCGCAGUAUGUGGUUCACGUAGACUGCGAUGCGUUCUUUGCUGCGGUUGAAGAGCUGGAUAGACCGGAGCUGAAAACUGUACCCAUGGCUGUUGGAAAGGGCGUUCUGACGACUUGCAACUAUGAGGCUAGGAAGUUUGGCUGCCGAAGCGGCAUGGCAUCCUUUGUCGCUAAGAAGUUGUGUCCCCAGUUAAUUUGCCUGCCGCAAAACUACGAAAAGUAUACGGCGAAAGCUCAAGAAAUCCGCGCCAUACUUGCACAAUAUGACCCUCAGUUCGAGAGUGCGAGCAUUGAUGAAGCCUAUUUGAACAUUACCGCUUACUGCCGCGAAAAGCAGCUUGAUCCAGAUGAGGCUGUCAGUCGCAUGCGUGCCGAGAUUCUAGAGAAGACCAAGAUCUCUGUCUCUGCCGGAAUUGCAGCAAAUGCGAAAAUUGCAAAAAUCUGCUCGAAUCGCAAUAAACCAAAUGGCCAGUUCCGUGUUCCAAACGAGAAGAAUGCUAUCAUGGAAUUCAUGAGAGAUCUUCCUAUGCGCAAAAUUAAUGGCGUGGGCAGAGUGUUCGAGCGGGAACUCGACUCAAUCGGCAUCAAAACAUGCGGCGACAUUUUCCCACAACGUGCCUAUUUGGCUAAGCUAUUCGGUGAAAAGGCUCUUCACUUUUUAGCGCAGUGCUAUCUCGGAGUAGGCAGGACAAAAAUUCAACCAGCUGAAAGCUACGAGCGCAAAAGCGUCGGCACCGAGAGGACAUUUCAUGAGAUCAGUAAACGAGAAGAGUUCAGAGAGAAACUCUGGUCCUGUGCUCAAGAACUAGAGAAGGACCUGUCACGUACUCAAUUUAUGGGUCGUACACUGGUUCUUAAGGUCAAGUUGGCUACUUUCGAGGUGUUAACCCGGCAAUAUCAGCCCGCAAGGGCCGUGUCUACGGCCAAAGAUCUCUUUACAUCUGCCCUUCCGAUGUUAGAGAAACUCGAGAAGGAGAUUCCCAAUAUGAAGCUCCGUCUGCUCGGUAUUCGAUGUACCAACCUUGUGAGCACCAAGAAAUUCGACAUGAAUUUCUUCGGUGCCGCUGCGCGGAGACAACCUGUGCCAGAUACUGCAAUCGAGUCUCCCGUGGAACAAGAAAUAAAUGCAGAAGAAGCCUUCGAGAAGGCGGCCCGCGAGGAGCUCCAGAGCGAUAUGCAGGCUCUAGAAAGGCUCAGUCAAGAAACACCCGAAGCUGGAGGUGACCAGAUUGAGAUAAGCCCAACGCCGACCACCGCCGGUAAACUACUGGCUCAACCGGAGUAUUGGGACUGCCCUAUUUGUUCAAUGCCUCAAAUCGCGGACGAUAGGAAGUUUAAUGACCAUGUGGACUACUGUUUAUCGAAGCAAACGAUCAAAGAGGCUAUCCAGGAUGAUUCGCCGCAACUGCAGCCGCAAGCUCAACCAGCACCACACAGCACACGAAAGCGAAAGACUGCUUCUCGAGACAGCGUAGACCCGCGACAGAAACGUCUUUUCUUCACUUAA